AUGAUUAAGCUUAAGAGCCUCUUGCUGUACAUGACAAUACUUAUACUCAAAUCAUACGACAUUCCGUCCUUAUGCUACAACUACUACAAUCCUGAAAGCAUCUAUCAGCAAAUGUUUUUGAAGCCAUCAAUAGUUCCAGCCGUGUACUACUUCAUACCUAGAAAAUACUUCAUAGUCAUCUCCUGUAUUUGUGAUCUACUGGUGGCAUUCAUGCUGAAUUCAGAGAAAUACCUGAUAUGCUCCAUAUUCUUUCCUGCAGAUGCCAUAUCUAUAGAGAAUUUGCUGAUUGCCUUGCUCAAAAAGGGAUACAAUGAAUUGCCUGCAGCCAUACUUACAAGCAUGAACACAUUCUACGCUCCUUUACUAUCUGGUAGCAAUGCAUUCGUUCUCUCGUAUGUCUUUCCGCAUCUUUUUGAAGCUGAAUUCACAAACUCACACAGGCCGUCACUAAGUGUCACUUGGUUCUUCCAUCUUAAUAUGUUUUCCCAAUAUGCAAGGUACUUCUAUGAUACAUUCUAUGCACUGAUGGCUUAUAUGGCUUUUACUGUUCCUGAAAAGUACAAGCUUGAAAUCAUACUGCUAUUCAAACCAUCAAACUACAAAAGCUAUCUGCCCUUCAUAGUGCACUCCCCAGUUCUUCACUUCUAUUUGCUUUUCUUUGUUCUUGAAAACUAUAUCCAGUAUCUCUUCAGAAUCAGGGGAGUAGGCAACCCAAAUUUCAUCAACUGGUGCUGCGUGGCAUUCAACUCACUCUUCAUACUGGAACGAAGAUGGAAGACAUUGAAAGCACGGGAGCAUUCUGUUCGUCCAGAGUCUGCAAUCAAGAGCCAUACAAAAACAAGUAUUACAGGCAACAGCAGCUCUUAA